CCCCGUUUGACAUUUUAAAUUUUUAAUAUUGGUCUAGGAGCAUUAUUCUCCCAUCACCAUGAAUCCCUGUGAGCUAAAUUGACACGCACUCAAACUGGCAUCUGGUGCUCUGUUUUUCUGCGCACAAUCUGUUCGACGAAAAGCCUCACAGACACAGACAAGACAAAACAGAAACAUUGCUCGUGGAUGAACUAAUUUAUUUUGGGCCAUAGAGCUUCAUCAUUCAUCAAAGCUGUCUCGUGCAUAAAAUAUGAUUUUUCAUCUUUAAAAUCACAGAUGUUUUCUACACCUUCGCUUUCAAGUUUUCUUUACGAAAGCCUCGAUUUUUAUGGUAUCUCAUUUCCCGUUGAAUAUUUCUUUUUAAUUUUGAUGUUUUGACUGAGCAAUAUGACUCUGUUUCAACUUCAGUCAAGCUCAGAUAUUGACAAGAAAACUUUUCUUAUAAAAUUUUAAUCUUUCUUUUUCGAAGAACUGGUCACAUGUUUGACCUGGACUUCAUGGUUUAAAAGGAAGGGAACUACUUUAAGUUUCGUGUUCAAGUUAUUGAAUUAGAACUUGUGUUGUUAUUUUCACCUACUUCACAUGAUUCUUGUUACUUUUUGAAUCAAACCCAUUAAUGGGUAUUCAUCAAUAGUGGUCUGCAACUCAUCACCGGUCAAUUUUCCGGUGAUUCAUCCCCCUUUUCAGUUUUCUUCUCCAUAACCAUAAACCAUAAACCCUCCUCUUAAAAGACUGAAACCCAAUUCCAAGAUUCAGUCUUUUCACAUUAUCACCAUGUCAUAUGCCAAUUCAAGAUCUGUAAGAUUUCAAGAUGAUGGUGGGCUAUCAAAACUUCCAUCCACGAACAAAGACAACUUAUUUAAGAUCAAAUACAAUAUUGACAACAAGCAAGUUUCUGAUCAAAGAACAGAGGAAAAUGAAAGUGGGGGGUCUUCAUUAAAAUCAAAAGUUCUUUCAAGAGUUUUCUCUGAAGAUUACGAGAGAGUUAAAAAGAAAAUCUUUGAUCCUCGAGGCUUAGCAAUUCGAAAAUGGAACAAUAUUUUCUUGUUCGCUUGUUUAAUCUCUUUGUUUGUAGACCCUUUAUUCUUUUACCUUCCAUCUGUUCGAACAAAAAACGUUUGCAUCCAUAUUGGAUUAAACCUGGAGAUCAGUCUCACCAUAGUAAGAUCAAUAGCCGAUGUUUUUUACAUGAUUCAUAUUUACAUUAGAUUUUCUACUGCCUAUGUUGCACCAUCUUCCCGUGUUUUUGGAAGAGGCGAACUCGUUAUAGAUUCUUCCAAGAUCGCUAAAAAAUACAUACGAGGUGGUUUUUUGAUCGAUGUCAUCGCCGCCUUACCUCUUCCUCAGAUGUUAAUCUGGCUCAUUAUACCGAGUUUAAGUGGCUCAACCAUGGCUAACACGAAAAACGUUCUUCGGUUCAUCAUCAUCUUUCAAUAUCUCCCUAGACUUUAUCUUAUAUUCCCUUUAACAUCAGAAAUUGUUGGGGCUACGGGUGUUAUAACUGAAACUGCAUGGGCUGGAGCUGCAUAUAAUCUUAUGUUAUACAUGUUAGCAAGCCAUUUUUUAGGGGCUUCUUGGUAUGUUUUAUCGAUAGAGAGACAAGAAGCUUGUUGGAGACACGCAUGCCUACUUGAGGAUCCACAUUGUCAGGAUAAAUUCUUUGACUGUGAAACAUUUGGCGACAAUAAGAGACAGAUUUGGUUCAAUUCAAGUAACGUCUCAACACAAUGUGUUCCAACAAGCGGGUUUUAUCAAUUUGGUAUCUAUGGUGAAGCUUUAACAUCAAAUGUUACUUCUGCGUUGUUUUUCAACAAAUACUUCUACUGUCUUUGGUUCGGUUUAAAGAAUCUUAGUUCUUUAGGGCAGAAUUUGUUAACGAGUACUUACGUCGGGGAAAUCAUUUUUGCGAUCAUAAUAGCGAUUGUGGGGCUAGUUCUGUUUGCGUUGUUGAUCGGAAAUAUGCAGACAUAUCUUCAAUCGACGACAGUUAGAUUAGAAGAAUGGAGGGUCCGGCGAACUGAUACAGAACAAUGGAUGCGUCAUCGGCAGUUGCCACCGGAACUCCGGGAAUCUGUUCGGAGAUACGAUCAAUACAAAUGGGUAGCUACACGAGGGGUUGAUGAAGAAUCGCUUCUCAAAGAUCUUCCUUUAGAUCUCCGACGAGAUAUCAAACGACACCUUUGCUAUGAUCUAGUUCGACGAGUUCCGUUGUUUGAUCAAAUGGACGGAAGGAUGUUGGAUGCGAUCUGCGAGCGAUUAAAACCGGCGCUGUGUACGCAAGGCACGUGUUUGGUUAGGGAAGGUGAUCCCGUGGACAAGAUGCUAUUUAUAAUUAGAGGAAACCUAGAUUCCUACACCACAAACGGCGGCCGGACAGGGUUUUUCAAUUCAUGCCGAAUAGGUCCAGGUGACUUUUGCGGCGAGGAGCUUCUGACGUGGGCCCUGGACCCACGGCCGAGUGUCGUGAUUCCGUCAUCGACUAGAACCGUGAAGGCGAUUUCCGAAGUGGAAGCUUUUGCGCUCAUAGCGGAGGAUCUAAAGUUUGUGGCGUCGCAGUAUCGGAGAUUGCAUAGUAAGCAAUUGCGGCAUAAGUUUAGGUUUUAUAGCCACCAGUGGCGGACUUGGGCGGCGUGUUUUGUGCAGGCGGCAUGGAGAAGGUAUAAACGGAGGCAAAAUGCAAGUGAACUUAGGGCUCGAGAGAGUUUUACGAGUGUUGAUUAUGAGUCGGAAGUUAAUUCGCCGGCGCAUGUCAGUCAAAUGGUUUCACCGGAGCCGAGGUUGAGUGGGUAUCGUGCGAGUACAAGGAGGUCAGGGAACCUGCACUCGGUCUCAGGGACGAAAUCAAGUAGUGGUAGCUCAUUACAGAAACCAACAGAACCUGAUUUUUCUGUAGAUGAAGAAUAAUUAUUUGAUGAUCGAAAUAAGAACGGGGUUAACGUUGUCUUAUUUGUUGAAUAUUGUUAGGAAUUGAGGUUCAAUCUUACACUAUAAUUCAAUGAUAAUAUGUAUUAGAAUUGUACAUAGAUGCAAAUAUAUAAAUUUUGUUUUAAUCGGAUACUAUCCGUUUAUAAAUUCGACAUUGACAUGUAAUUUAUUAGAGAAAUUAAAUAUCCUUCUACUUUUGUUCUUACAAA